GGCAGCUGUUAUAAAGCUCGGCGGGGCUCCGCUUGGUGAUCUCAUUAUCAGCCUCAUCUAACCGGGCUGCCAGCAUCGUAUUGUCUCCCGGAGACGCAAACAGCUGAGUACCUUUGGGGAAGCCCAGCCCCCGACCAGCCACCAUGGGGGACGAUAGUGAGUGGAUGAAGCUUCCCAUCGAUCAGAAAUGUGAACACAAGGUAUGGAAAGCCCGACUGAAUGGUUACGAAGAAGCUCUGAAGCUGUUCCAGAGGAUAGAAGAUGAGAAGAGUCCAGAGUGGGGGAAAUACCUGGGACUCAUAAAGAAGUUUGUCACUGAGUCUAAUGCCGUGGCUCAGCUGAAAGGGUUGGAGGCGGCACUGGCCUUCAUCGAAAACGCACAUGCAGCCGGAAAGACGACAGGGGAGGUGGUGUCCGGAGUGGUGACCAAAGUGUUCAACCAGCCCAAGGCCCGGGCCAAAGAGCUCGGCACCGACAUCUGCCUCAUGUACAUCGAGAUCGAGAAGGCCGAGGUGGUUCAGGACGAGCUGCUCAAAGGACUCGACAACAAGAACCCCAAGAUAGUGGUGGCCUGCAUCGAGACGCUCAGGAGGGCUCUCAGUGAGUUUGGCUCUAAAAUAGUGACGUUGAAGCCGGUCGUGAAGGUUUUACCCAAACAGUUUGAGUCCAGAGAGAAGGCGGUGAGAGAAGAAGCCAAGCAGCUCGCUGUAGAAAUCUACAAAUGGAUCAGAGACGCUCUGAGGCCGCCACUGCAGAACAUUAACUCUGUACAGCUGAAGGAGCUGGAGGAGGAGUGGGUGAAGCUGCCAUCAUCUCCUCCCAAACAGACCCGGUUCCUGCGUUCACAGCAGGACCUGAAGGCAAAGUUCGAGCAGCAACAAGCCCAAGGAGGAGACCAGUCUGAUGGAGACGAGGAGGAGGAAACGGCAGCAGCAGUCGAUCCGUACGAGCUGCUGGAAGCGGUGGAGAUUCUGUCCAAGAUGCCCAAAGACUUCUACGAGAAAAUUGAAGCUAAAAAGUGGCAGGAAAGAAAAGAAGCUCUGGAGGCCAUCGAGGCUUUAACCAAGAACCCCAAACUGGAGAACGGAGACUACGGAGACCUCGUUAGAGCCCUGAAGAAGGUCGUAGGAAAAGACGCCAACGUGAUGCUGGUGUCGAUGGCGGCUAAAUGUCUGGCCGGACUGGCUGCUGGACUCAGGAAGAAGUUUGGAACUUACGCAGGACAAGUGGUUCCUACCAUUCUGGAGAAGUUCAAGGAGAAGAAGCCUCAGGUGGUCCAGGCUCUGCAGGAAGCCAUCGAUGCCAUCUUCCUCACUACGACUCUCCAGAACCUGUCGGAGGACGUCCUGGGGGUGAUGGACAACAAGAACCCGUCCAUUAAGCAGCAGGCCUCCCUGUUUCUGGCUCGCUCCUUCAGACACUGCACUCAGGCCACGCUGCCCAAGAGCGUCCUCAAACCGCUGUGCGCUGCUCUCAUCAAGCAAGUGAAUGAUUCGGCUCCGGAGGUUCGUGACGCCGCCUUCGAGGCUCUGGGGACGGCCAUGAAGGUGGUGGGAGAGAAAGCCGUGAACCCAUUUCUGGCUGACUUGGAUAAGCUCAAACUGGACAAGAUUAAGGAGUGUGCCGAUAAAGUGGAGCUACCUGGAGGGAGGAAAGGUGCAGGAGGAGGAGGCGGAGCGGCCGAGAAGAAACCCGCCGCUAAAGCUGCUGCUGAAGCUCCACCUAAAUCCUCGGCUCCACCCAGGAAGACCACAGCUGCUGCCAGCAAGGCGGCAGCAGGUCCAUCUAAGAAAGGAAAACCAGCAUCUGCAGCUGGAGGGAAAGCAAAGAAGGCGCCCGACAGUAAAGAAGUCGCAGAGACGGAGCUGUCGAUGGAAGUGUGUGAGGACCUGGCUGCAGGUGUACUUCCUGCCGCCUGUCUGCAGCAGCUCGACUCGGCCAACUGGAAGGAGAGACUGGCCAGUAUGGAGGAGUUCCAGCGGGCGGUUGAGACCAUGGAUAAGGCAGCGAUGCCCUGCCAGGCUUUAGUCAGGAUGUUGGCAAAGAAACCAGGCUGGAAGGAGACCAACUUCCAGGUAAUGCAGAUGAAGCUGCACAUUGUGGCCCUAAUCGCUCAGAGAGGACAGUUUUCCAAGACGUCGGCCUCGUUGGUUUUGGACGGUUUGGUGGAUAAAGUCGGAGACAUCAAGUGUGGCGGAAACGCCAAAGAAGGACUGACCGCUAUCGGAGAGGCCUGCUCACUGCCGUGGACUGCAGAACAGGUUGUAUCGAUGGCGUUUGCACAGAAGAAUCCCAAAAACCAGGCAGAGACGCUCAACUGGCUGGCUAAUGCCAUGAAGGAGUUCGGCUUUGCUGGGAUCAACGUGAAGGGUUUCAUCAACAACGUGAAGACGGCUCUGGGAGCGACCAACCCGGCCGUCCGGACGGCAGCCAUCGCUCUGCUGGGAGUCAUGUACCUCUACAUGGGAGCUCCGCUGAGGAUGUUCUUCGAGGACGAGAAACCGGCGCUGCUCGCUCAGAUAGAUGCAGAGUUUGAGAAGAUGCAGGGUCAGUCUCCACCAGCUCCAAUCAGAUCCACCAAGAAAUCGUCUGCAGCAGAGGAGGAUGGUGAUGAUGGAGAGGAGCAAGAUGAAGAUGGAGGAGGAGGACAGGACAUCAUGGACCUACUGCCCCGAACAGAUAUCUGUGACAAGAUCACCUCCGACCUGGUGUCUAAAAUCGAGGAUAAGAACUGGAAGAUCAGGAAGGAAGGUCUGGACGAAGUUGCCGGCAUCAUCUCGGAGGCCAAAUUCAUCACGGCGAACAUCGGAGAGCUUCCUCUGGCCCUGAAAGGACGACUCAACGAUUCCAACAAGAUCCUGGUGCAGCAGACUCUGACUAUUCUGCAGCAGCUGGCGACAGCGAUGGGACCUGGACUGAAGCAGCAUGUUAAAGCUCUGGGAAUCCCUGUUAUCACUGUUCUGGGAGACAGCAAGCCGAACGUGAGGACGGCGGCCAUGACGACGCUGCAGGCCUGGGUGGAGCAGACGGGGAUGAAGGACUGGCUGGAGGGAGAGGAUCUGUCCGAGGAGCUGAAGAGAGAGAAUCCCUUCCUGAGACAGGAGUUGUUGGGCUGGCUGGCGGAGAAGCUGCCCACCCUGAGGACCGUCCCUGGGGAUCUGAUGCUGUGCGUCCCUCAUCUCUACGCCUGUCUGGAGGACCGGAACGGAGACGUGAGGAAGAAGGCUCAGGACGCUCUGCCCACCUUCAUGAUGCACCUGGGCUACGACAAGAUGAACAAGGCCACCGGGAAGCUCAAACCUGCAUCCAAGGAUCAGGUGGUGGGCAUGUUGGAGAAGGCCAGAGCGGUGAUGCCGGCCAAACCUGCAGCUCCGGCCAAAGCAGGAGGGAAAGGAUCUGCAGAGACGAGCAGAUCUGCUUCAGCCUCCAGAUCUCAGCCAGCUGGUGACGAAGGCGACAGUAAACCAGAAGUGAAGAAAGUCAGAGGAGGAGCAGCUGCUAAGAAGCCUCCCUCCCCUCCCGAGGAACCCGUCCCUCCCCCUCCCUCCAAGGACAAGGACUGUAACGGUAGCAAAAAGCCGCCUGGCAAAGGGAAGGCUGCUGCCGGGGGUCAACAGGGUCCAGCUGGUAAGAAACCUGCAGCUAAAGGCCAGAAGGAUGACGAAGAUAAGUCCGGACCCAUCUUCACCCUCAUCCCCAACGCCAAGGAACAGAGGAUCAAGGAGGAGAAGCAGCUGAAGAUCCUAAAGUGGAACUUCAUCACUCCUCGGGACGAAUACGUGGAGCAGCUGAAAACUCAGAUGUCGACCUGCUUUGCCAAGUGGCUUCAGGAUGAACUGUUUCACUUCGACUUCCAGAGACACGUGAAGGCCAUCGGGGUGAUGAUCGAGAGGUUGGAGAGCGAGAGCGACGCCACCAUCGGCUGCCUGGACCUGAUCCUGAAGUGGUUCACGCUGCGCUUCUUCGACACCAACACCACGGUGCUGAUGAAGGUCCUGGAGUACCUGAAGCUGCUGUUCGCCAUGUUGAACCGGGAGAACUACCACCUGACGGAGUACGAGGCCAACUCCUUCGUCCCCUACCUCAUUCUGAAGGUGGGAGAAUCGAAGGAUGUGGUUCGUAAAGACGUCCGGGCCAUCCUGGGCAUGUUGUGUAAAGUUUACCCGGCGUCUAAGGUCUUCCCUUUCCUCAUGGAGGGAACCAAGUCCAAGAACUCCAAACAGAGAGCUGAGUGUCUGGAGGAGUUGGGCUGUUUGAUAGAAGGUUAUGGGAUGAACGUUUGCCAGCCGACUCCGGCUAAAUCCCUGAAGGAGAUCGCCGUCCACAUCGGCGACAGAGACACGUCUGUUCGUAACGCCGCCCUCAACACUGUGGUGGCCGUUUAUAACGUCUGUGGGGAUCAGGUCUACAAACUCAUAGGAAACCUGUCAGAGAAGGACAUGAGCAUGCUGGAGGAGAGGAUCAAACGUUCAGCCAAGAAGACUCCAGCAGCUCCGCCCAAGCAGAGCGCCCCCGAGAGGUCUCAGAGGGAACAUCCAACGAACCCCAACGCCACCUUCCUCCGCAAGCCGGCGCAGGAAGAUCCCAACAAGCUCAAAAUAAUGUAUCGCACGUAUAGGAUUCAAGCUCGGCAGAAUGCUCAGCACAGCGAGUCCUCCCAUCCAUCCAUCCCCAAGGAGUUCCAGUUGGACCUGGACAUGAUCGAGAUGGACCAGAGCCGAGUUUGCGAGCUGCCCGACCUCGUUCAGCACAAACUGGACGAGCUGCUGGAGCCCAUCAUGAUCCCCGAACCCAAGAUGCGCGCCGUCUCUCCGCACUUUGACGACCUCCACAACAGCACGGCUUCCACCAUCAACUUCGUCAUCUCUCAGGUGGCGAGCGGCGACAUCAACACCAGCAUACAGGCGCUGGCACAGAUCGACGAGGUGUUGCGGCAGGAGGACAAAGCCGAAGUGAUGUCGGGACACAUCGACCAGUUCCUCAUCGCCACCAUCAUGCAGCUGAGACUCACCUACAGCACUCACAUGGCCGACGACCGGCUGGACAAGAAGGACAUCGUCAAACUGUACAGCUGCAUCAUCGGAAACAUGCUGUCGCUCUUCUCUAUGGAGUCUCUGGCCAGAGAGGCGUCGAUGGGCGUCCUGAAGGACCUGAUGCACGGUCUGAUGACGCUGCUGCUGGACGGCAGAAUGGAGGACAUCGAAGACGGAACGCAGGUCAUCAGGUCCGUUAACCUGCUGGUGAUCCGAGUCCUGGAAAACUCGGACCAGACCAACAUGAUCAGCGCUCUGCUGGUUUUACUUCAGGACACUUUGAUCUCCACAGCCGGAUCUCCGAUGGUCUCUGAGCUGGUCAUGAAGUGUCUCUGGAGGAUGAUCCGCUUCCUUCCGGAAACCAUCAACAACAUCAACUUGGACCGGAUCCUGCUGGACGUCCACAACUUCAUGAAGGUUUUCCCCAAAGAGAAACUCAAGCAGCUGAAGAGCGACGUCCCUCACAGGACCCUGAAGACCCUGCUACAUACACUGUGCAAGCUGACCGGGGCAAAGAUACUGGAUCACCUGUCGAUGAUCGAGAAUCGCAACGAGUCCGAGUUGGAGGCUCAUCUGAGACGUUCCGUCAAACCCUCAGGAAACCUCUCGGGAUACAAGAGCGACCGAGGAAACGAAAAGGGCGGACUGCGCUCGGAUGAUCGAAUGUCGAAGGCAAAAGUCAGCGACAUCCUGUCUGAGAUCUUCAAGAAGAUCGGCUCCAAGGAGAACACUAAAGAGGGUCUGACGGAGUUGUACGAGUACAAACAGAAAUACUCGGACGCCGACUUGGAGCCUUUCCUCAAAAACACGUCGCAGUUCUUCCAGAGCUACGUGGAGCGAGGACUUCGUAUGAUCGAGUCCGAGAGGGAGGGAAAAGCUCGGAUCCAGACCUCAGCAGUGAUUCCUCAACACGACUCCAGUCUGAGCGGCAGCAAUGAAGAGCUGAAACCGGCCGUUUACUACGAGAGACUGAAGAUCCUGAGACAGAGACAAGGACUAGAAAACACCUCCAGGCAGCAGGGAGUCGGGGGAAGCGACGACGAGCCUCAGCAGCGACCGGCCAUCUCCUCCCUGCUGUCGUCGAAGCCGUCCGUGGCGUCGUCCACCGACAUGCUGCACAGCAAACUGUCGCAGCUCAAAGAGUCCAGGGAGCUCUACCAGCAGGAGCACAACGCCCACUCCCACUCGCCCACCCACGGUCACACCCGCUCAGCCUCGCCGGCCGCCAACCUGGACGACCUGAAGAAGCGUCUGGAGAGAAUAAAGAGCAACCGGCAGUGAGGCGGCUUCGUCACAUCGUGGCCGAGCCCGCGGAGUCCAGCUGCUAGUAGGAAACACAACAUCCACCUUUUUAACUCACUUUCUAUCCAUGUUCUGACAGAAACGGACCCUCGGAUCUGACUCCACCCACUGUGCCUGUUCGUUAGUAGAAAUCAAACACACCCAGAAACCAUCCGAGUGUUUUUAGCUGCGAUUAAACUUCCAUCCCGUCCCGCCUUCUCUGUACGCUGUAUCAUAUUGAAGAAGAAAAAACAACCAAAAAAAAACGGUGAACCUCGCCUCCUCCUCCUUCAUCUGUACAUAUUAAACAACCGCUCCUCGCAGGAACAGUAACAGGAAAUGUUUUACUUCUGGUUGGUGAAGAACAGAUUUGUAGCUGUGAGUGCCCCCUAGUGGUCGUACACCAUCAUAGUAACUCCUAACUCUGUGGUUUCAGCUCACCGGUGCCAUCUAGUGGUUAAAUUCACCCAACAGAAGCUCUCAGCAGGUUGCGAACUCUCAAAUUUUAAUGUAAAUCCAGCUGUUGGGGCUCGUUUUUCACCUCUGACCUGAAAGAGUUAAGCAAAAAUCACUUUAAUCAGCGCAUCUGGUUUAUUUAAGUAGGAAUUAUUGCUAUAAUCAGCUGUAACGUAGAUAAAUAAAUGAAUAGGAAGCUACUGGCCUUAUUGUCCCUACAGGUUUGAUGGUAAUUGCAUUUUAUUCUGUGUUUUUAAAAGAAAAUCGUGUUAAAUUUAACUUCCAGACAGAGUAGCAGCGUGAAACUAAACUGCAGCACUUAGUUUUAUCAAAUGCAUUUACUCCAAUCCUGUCAGAUUCUGUAUCUGGGUUCUUCUCUGGUGUUUUUGUGGCCUUUUAGUAAGUGUCAGUGGUUUUCAGUUGAUCUUUUUGUAGCAGAAAAAGCAAAAGUGUUCCAAAAUACAUCGUUGAUCGCUGAUCAGGAUUAAGAGUCUGUUUUCUAUUAAUCUGCUGCUCAUUUUCUUGGUUAAUUGUUGGAUAUAUGCUGGUUAACACAUCAGAAAACUGUGAAAAAUCACCUGAAGAACAAGAAUACAGCUCACAAUAUCCACGUCGGACGAAGAAAAGCAGCAAAUUUUCCCAUUUAGGAAGGUGGUAAUGUCAAAUUUAGGGUUUUUGUUGCAUAUAUCGUUGGAUAAAUUGUAUAUGUGUGACGUAAAACACAGAAUUUACCUCCACUUCUGCUUUUCCUGCUGCUAAAUUCGAUCCUUGUUCGAUGGAGGAUUUUUGCCUCGCAGCCAAACUGAAAUGUGUCGUUUGUGUCGGUUUGGGUGGCACGCAGUUUGAAAAAGCUUUUAUUUUGAAGGAGAGGAAGUGUGGUGGAGCGGCGUGGGUCGACGUCGGGCUGUAAAUACUGUACGUAACCAUUAAAGCGUCCCUCCACCUAUUUAACGGCAGCCUCGGAUCAGGACUGCGGAGCCGACAUGGCUGCUGUGGAGCCAACAUGGCCGCUGUGGAGCCAACAUGGCCGCUGUGGAGCCAAAAUGGCCGCUGUGGAGCCAACAUGGCUGCUACGGAGCCAAAAUGGCCGCUGCAGCGUUGGUAGAGCAUGGCAUGUUUUUAUUUCUGGUGUAAAUAAAGUUUGCAUUAAUAAAUCUGCUGUUUUAAUUCCAAGUCUUUGGUUUUUCUCAUGUUGACGAUGAUGAGGAUGAUGAAGACGGCGUCACUCGUCUGUUCUGUAGCCGAAUGUGGAGUAAAUAAAUAAAUAAAUAACAUUGUUUUUGUAUUUAAUUCCAUAGUCUCACACGUUGCUCUCCUUGUAUAAUCCAUGGUGGAAAACGGCAAUAAAGUCUUGUUUUUUUUUUUUUUUU